UCUUGCCCCCCACCCCCCUUUUCCCGUCCCCAGAUAAGCAGCUCCGGGAAACAAAGAACUGGGCUCUCCAGACCUCAGCGUUGGAACCUAGGGCUCUCGGAGAAGCAUCUCAUUUCGGGGACCAGGGCUCUCGAGCUCUGUGUCCCCUCCCCAACCUCCCCCGCCUCCCUUGCUUGCUCGCUGCUCCCUCCCUGCUCGCUGCCUCCCCCAUCAUAGCAGCGCAGGGAGGAAGGCGGCCAGGGCUCAAGAUGGCUUUAGCCAGGCUCUGCGCCCUGUUCGCCUGCUGCUGGGGGCCGGCUGUGGUGCUGGCCACAGCUGCCGGCGACGCGGAUCCAUCCAAGGAGCUGGAGUGCAAGCUCAAGAGCAUCACUGUGUCGGCGCUGCCCUUCCUGCGCGAGAACGACCUGAGCAUCAUGCACAGUCCCUCGGCCUCCGAACCCAAGCUCCUCUUCUCUGUGCGCAAUGACUUCCCGGGAGAAAUGGUCGUAGUGGACGACCUAGAGAACACGGAGCUACCCUACUUCGUGCUGGAGAUCUCUGGGAAUACGGAGGACAUCCCUCUGGUGCGCUGGAGGCAGCAAUGGCUGGAGAAUGGUACUUUGCUUUUCCACAUCCAUCACCAAGAUGGCGCUCCAAGUCUCCCUGGACAAGAUCCAACAGAAGAACCCCAACAUGAGUCAGCAGAAGAGGAACUGAGGAUCCUGCACAUCUCAGUCAUGGGUGGCAUGAUCGCUCUGCUGCUGUCCAUCUUGUGCCUGGUGAUGAUCCUGUAUACUCGCAGGCGCUGGUGCAAACGUCGCCGGGUCCCCCAGCCCCAGAAGAGUGCCAGUGCAGAGGCAGCCAAUGAGAUUCACUACAUUCCAUCUGUGCUGAUUGGCGGCCACGGGCGAGAAAGUUUGCGCAAUGCCCGAGUGCAGGGCCACAACUCCAGUGGCACCCUGAGCAUCCGGGAGACACCCAUCCUGGAUGGCUAUGAGUAUGACAUCACAGACCUGCGUCACCAUCUGCAGAGGGAGUGCAUGAAUGGAGGGGAGGACUUUGCCAGUCAGGUCACACGCACCUUGGACUCCCUUCAGGGCUGCAAUGAGAAGUCUGGGAUGGACCUCACACCAGGAAGUGACAAUGCCAAGCUGUCCCUGAUGAACAAGUAUAAAGAUAAUAUCAUAGCCACGAGCCCCGUGGAUUCCAACCACCAGCAAGCCACUCUGCUCUCCCACACCUCCAGUAGCCAAAGAAAGAGGAUCAACAACAAAGCAAGAGCUGGUUCCGCCUUCUUGAACCCUGAGGGGGACUCUGGCACUGAGGCAGAAAAUGACCCGCAGCUGACAUUUUAUACUGACCCCUCUCGGAGCCGGAGACGCAGUCGAGUGGGCUCUCCCCGAAGUCCUGUGAAUAAGACCACCCUGACCCUGAUCAGCGUCACCAGCUGUGUGAUUGGCCUCGUGUGCUCCUCUCACGUCAGCUGCCCUCUUGUUGUCAAAAUCACCCUUCAUGUCCCCGAGCACCUGAUUGCUGAUGGGAGCCGCUUCAUCCUGCUGGAGGGAAGCCAGCUGGAUGCCAGUGACUGGCUGAACCCUGCCCAAGUGAUUCUCUUCUCGCAGCAGAACUCCAGUGGGCCCUGGGCCAUGGACCUCUGUGCCCGGCGGCUCCUGGACCCUUGUGAACAUCAAUGUGACCCCGAAACUGGGGAAUGUCUGUGCUACGAAGGUUACAUGAAGGACCCUGUCCACAAGCAUCUUUGCAUUCGGAAUGAAUGGGGAACAAACCAGGGGCCUUGGCCUUACACAAUAUUUCAGCGAGGCUUUGACCUGGUUUUGGGAGAGCAGCCCUCUGAUAAAAUAUUCAGAUUUACCUACACUCUUGGGGAAGGCAUGUGGUUGCCCCUCAGCAAAAGCUUUGUGAUUCCACCAGCUGAACUGGCCAUCAAUCCAUCAGCGAAGUGUAAGACCGACAUGACUGUGAUGGAAGAUGCUGUGGAGGUCAGAGAGGAGCUGAUGACGUCAUCAUCCUUUGACAGCCUGGAAGUUCUCUUAGACUCCUUUGGGCCAGUGCGUGAUUGCAGCAAAGAUAACGGAGGCUGCAGUAAGAAUUUUCGCUGCAUUUCCGAUCGCAAGUUGGACUCUACUGGUUGUGUGUGCCCGUCAGGACUCAGCCCUAUGAAGGACAGCUCAGGCUGCUAUGACCGCCACAUCGGCGUGGACUGCUCAGAUGGUUUCAACGGAGGCUGCGAACAGCUGUGUCUCCAGCAGAUGGCGCCUUUUCCAGAUGACCCCACCUUGUACAACAUCCUCAUGUUCUGCGGGUGUAUUGAAGACUACAGGCUUGGGGUGGAUGGACGGUCUUGCCAACUUGUCACAGAGACCUGCCCAGAUGGUGGUGACUGUGCCGAAAGCAGAGAGGUCUCCAUGAACCAGACUCUCUUUGGGGAAAUGUUCUUUGGUUACAACAACCAGUCCAAGGAAAUAGCUGCUGGACAGGUGCUAAAAGGAACAUUCAGACAAAACAACUUUGCUCGUGGUUUAGACCAGCAACUGCCAGAUGGUCUUGUGGUCGCCACAGUCCCACUGGAGAACCAGUGCCUAGAGGAAAUCUCGGAGCCCACCCCUGACCCUGAUUUCCUGACUGGGAUGGUGAACUUCAGUGAAGUGUCUGGCUACCCUGUACUACAGCACUGGAAGGUUCGGUCUGUGAUGUACCACAUCAAACUCAAUCAAGCAGCCGUCUCUCAGGCCUUCAGCAAUGCGCUCCACUCCUUGGAUGGGGCCACAUCUCGUGCAGAUUUCGUGGCUUUCUUGGAUCAGUUUGGCAACCAUUACAUCCAGGAAGCUGUCUAUGGCUUUGAGGAAUCCUGUUCUAUAUGGUACCCAAACAAGCAAGUUCAACGGCGACUCUGGCUAGAAUAUGAAGACAUCAGUAAAGGCAACUCCCCAUCUGAUGAGUCGGAGGAGCGGGAAAGAGAGCCCAAGGUGCUGACAUUCCCAGAAUACAUCGCCAGCCUGUCAGACUCUGGCACCAAGCGUAUGGCAGCUGGAGUCCGAAUGGAGUGCCAGAGCAAGGGACGAUGUCCCUCAUCUUGUCCUUUGUGUCAUGUGACGUCCAGCCCUGAAACCCCUGCCGAGCCAGUCCUGCUUGAAGUGACCAGAGCAUCCCCCAUCUAUGAACUGGUGACCAAUAACCAGACCCAGAGGCUCUUACAGGAGGCCACCAUGAGCUCUCUCUGGUGCUCAGGGACUGGAGAUGUCAUCGAGGACUGGUGUCGGUGUGACUCCACUGCUUUCGGAGCGGAUGGCCUCCCCACCUGUGCACCCCUCCCACAGCCUGUGCUGAGACUUUCCACGGUGCAUGAACCCAGCAGCACCCUCGUGGUCCUGGAGUGGGAACAUUCGGAGCCACCCAUUGGAGUGCAGAUUGUAGAUUACCUGAUCCGUCAAGAGAAAGUCACGGACCGGAUGGACCACUCCAAAGUCGAGACAGAAACAGUGCUGAGCUUUGUAGACGACAUCAUCUCUGGAGCCAAAGCUCCGUGUGCCAUGCCAUCUCAGGUGCCAGACAAGCAGCUAACCACCAUUUCUCUCAUCAUCCGAUGCCUGGAACCUGACACCAUUUACAUGUUCACCCUCUGGGGAGUGGACAACACAGGGCGACGUUCCAGGCCAAGUGAUGUGAUUGUGAAGACGCCGUGUCCUGUGGUGGAUGACGUCAAAGCCCAAGAAAUAGCAGACAAGAUCUACAAUCUCUUCAAUGGCUACACCAGCGGCAAGGAGCAACAGACUGCCUACAACACCCUUCUGGAUCUGGGUUCCCCCACUUUGCAUCGAGUCCUCUACCACUAUAACCAGCACUACGAGAGUUUUGGGGAAUUCACCUGGCGGUGUGAGGAUGAAUUAGGUCCCAGGAAAGCAGGCCUCAUCCUUUCCCAGCUGGGAGACCUGAGCAGCUGGUGCAAUGGACUUCUUCAGGAGCCCAAGAUCAGCUUGAGGCGAGCUUCACUCAAGUACCUGGGCUGCCGGUACAGUGAGAUCAAGCCCUAUGGACUGGACUGGUCAGAGCUCAGCCGGGACCUCAGGAAGACCUGUGAAGAGCAGACCUUGAGUGUCCCCUACAAUGACUAUGGGGACAGCAAGGACAUCUAACAUCAUGGGGCCCGGGAGUCGCUGCCAAAAGAAAGCAGGAGAGAAGAGGGGGACAUCUGGGUGGGUUUGUGGAUUUUUAGACAUUUUUUUUUAAAUGGGACAUCCAAAGCUCCACAGGUACCUUCUAAACCAGGAAGAGAGUAGCCCUUGCUCCCUGCAGGACUUGUCCGGUGUGAUAACCUCCAUCUGCAUGAUCACUCAACCCAACAGCCAGUAGCUUCAUGCAGCAUCAUUUUGUUUCCUUAGAAGAUUACCUUGAAACUCAUUUUGGCAUUUAUUUUCUUCGGUCACUUGUUUUUCUUCAAGAAAUUUACCGGGAUGCUUAAGCGCUCCAUCCCGCUGCCCACGAAAGGUCAAAGGUGGAGGUGCUACUAUUAGUGAGUUCCUAGUGGCACCUGGGAACAGAAGUGAAAGCAUAAAUCUUCACCUGCCUGGUGCCCCAGCUCUGGCAUUUCUUAGGAAGCCUCGGAAUGCUGGGAGCCCAGGUAUGCGCUGAAGAAGACAAUGAGGUGGCCCAUGCGUGUUUCUCAUGGAUUUUUUCCCCAGGCUCCCUUGUUGCUAUCUCCAGACCUCACAGGUGGACCCAGGUUCUGCUAGGGGUCCAGGGGGUCUUAUAGAGGGUCUUCCCUUCUCCAUGUUAAGCCAGGACCAGAAUUGCUGGUAAAUUUCCAUUCUUUCUUCGAAACAACAUGAUCUUUGAGAGGCAGUGCAAUAACGCCUAUCAAAUCUAGAUCCAGAGAGGGCUAAGUGCAAGACUACUCGGCAGACCGCUUAGCAGGAAAUAAGAGGAGUUUGUCUAAAAAUAUUUAUACUCUCUGAAACUACCAGCAGAGACCUAAGAGCCUUGAUUCUGUUUGGUCCUGGGCCCCUUCCUCUGGAUGGAAAGGACUUGAUUGAUGUUUGGUUUCAUCCGGGAAUGAGAUUCUUUCCUGCCAGUAUUUCAGUGAACUAAAGCUCUUAUCAAUCUGAAAAGUGCUUCUCUCCACACUCCCCUUACUAAAUUUUCUGAAUCAUAUUGUAAUUUUUGACAGUCCUUUCUCCAAUGUCAAUCAGCUGGCUUCUGUCAUUGCCACUGGUUGCCUCCCCACAACCCCCUGACUCUGCCGGUUCCUGAGACUAGCGGGGCCUCUGGAUAGACCAGAGCAUCUGGCAAUCAUGCUCAGUAGGGACUGAGGUCCCGUUUGCACUCUGCCCGAGAGUGCUAUGGUGACUCAGCUAUCAGGAAGACUAGCUUCGUGGGUCCAGGUCGACUAGCAAUGACCCAGUGUACAUUCAGCCAGCUUGCCUUCCCUGGAACUCUCCCCAUGGAAACACAUGAAGGGUCUGGAAGGCUCUCCAGCAUGGUCACCGAGCCUUAUUCAUGCUGUCCAAUUAGGGAUAAUGACAGACAAUAUUGAUUAGCUGCUGUGUGAUGGGGACUACUCUAAACGUUUUACUGAAUCCCCAACCCCCUAAGGAAAGUUCUAUUCUUUUUUCUGCCUUUUAGUGAUGAGCAAUGAAGGCAGGAAGGUGACUCAAUGUUCCCCAGGUCUCUCAAACACUGUAUGUCCUGAGCUACAGGAUGAGCUCAGUGUCUCCAGAGCACAGGACUUUAGCCACUCUGUGUUGCCUAAAACAUGCAGCUGUCCAACGAGGCACUAAGCUCCACAGGGAACCCCCUUCCCCCAGAGCUUUACCUUCCUAAGGAACCAUGUACAGAUUGCCCCUCACGCAACAGGAAGGGAGAGUGCCAAAGUACACCCAUAGCCUUUGGAGUCGGGGUGCAUUUGGUGCCCUCAACACAACAGCAUCCUGGCUUCCCCGUGUGAGUGGGGAGGAUUUAUCUUGUACAUUUUGCCUCACAGAUUCCCUAACUUUUAGAACAAAGUACAGAUGAAAACUUGACUGUCUCACCUUCGGCCAGUGCACGAGCUUUAGGAAAAGGGAAUCCAAGGGCAAGUUGUUCCCCAUUGGUAGGGUGUAUACAUCUCCUUACUGCUGUUUUUUUUCUUUCUUUCCAUUUUUCUCUUCAACUCUGUGAUGAAAAUGGUGUCUUGAUAUUGAACAGAAGGAUAGUGAGGCUGCUGAUGCCGUCCAGCCCUGUUGGAGAUAGGAGCUUAUAGGUUCAGGAGGGAAAACAAGGAGUGGGGUUAAGAUUAUUACUCUGGCCGGGCGGUGGUGGCACACACCUUUAAUUCCAGCACUCGGGAGGCAGAGGCAGAGGCAGAUGGACCUCUGUGAGUUGGAGGCCAGCCUGG